AUGGGGAGCACAGAAAUCAAAGAGCCCUUUGACAAUGGCGAAAGCCAGGCUAGUUCGCAGACAGACGAACUGCCUCCUCUGACGACAACCACCGAGCGCAAGUUGAUGGCCAAGGUCGACUGGCACAUCCUGCCCGCUAUUUGCAUUCUCUACCUUCUUGCGUUUUUAGACAGAGUUAAUAUUUCCAAUGCCGCUAUUCUCGGACUCAAGGAAGACUUGGACAUCGUCGAGGGAACAAAAUACAACACUGCGCUCACUAUUUUCUUCGUUCCCUAUAUUAUUUUUGAAAUCCCGUCAAACGUGCUCUUGAAAAAGCUCAAGCCUCAUGUCUGGCUAUCCUUCUGCAUGUUCAUGUUCGGCCUCGUGAUGAUUUUCCAGGGCCUCGUAUCUAACUGGAGUGGCCUGAUGGCCACUCGAUUCUUUUUGGGUGUCUUCGAGACCGGCAUGUUCCCAGGAUGCUUCUAUCUGAUGGGCAUGUGGUAUAAGCGCUCAGAAGCUCAGAAGCGAUUCAGUUUCUUCUUCAGUUCGACCACUUUGGCCGGUGCCUUCGGUGGCCUCCUUGCGAGUGGAAUUGCAAAGAUGGAGGGCAUGCGAGGCUACCGUGGCUGGCGCUGGGUGUUUAUCAUUGAGGGUGUUUUGACUGCUGUCGUGGCCAUCAUCUUGUUCUUCUUCAUUGCUGAUUUCCCAGAGGACGUGAAAUGGUUGAACGAGGAAGAGCGUGCGUUUAUGCGCGCGAAAUUGGCCAAGGAUGUCGGUAAAGCUGCGCACAAUGUUCGCAUGGGCAAGCGUGAAGUCCUCGGCGUUUUCAAGGACUACAAAGUCUUUAUUGGAGGCCUGAUGUACUUCGGUUUGAUUGUUCCCGCUUAUGGAUACGCCUACUUUGCACCAUCGAUUAUCAAGACUUACGGUUACGAUAACAUCAAAACCCAACUCUACUCGAUUCCCCCUUGGGCCGCAGCCUUCGGAUUCUCGAUGGUUGUUGCCACGUGCUCUGACAAACUGCGUCACCGAUUUGCAUUUACUCUGAUACCGAUGGCCGUGGCUCUUGCCGGAUUCAUCAUGCUCUUAACCGUCCACGGCAAUACAAGCGUACAAUAUGGUGCGCUGUUCUUGCUCACCAGUGGAUGCUACAGCGCCAUGCCUGUGAUCGUUUGUUGGUUUGCCAUGAACUUGGGUGGUCACCAUCGGCGCAGCGUGGGAACCGCAUGGCAGGUUGGCUUUGGUAAUAUUGGUGGCAUCAUCGCCACCUAUUCAUUUGUCGAGAAGAAUGGCGUCACUGAUUACCGGACUGGGUACAUCAUCUGUCUUUCCUUCGUGUGCUUCUCUGCUGCGAUGUGCGUGGUUUAUGCGCUCGCGCUGUGGUUCGAGAACCAGAGGCGUGAUAGGGCUGCGGUUGACCCUGCUGCUAUUCCUGAAGAAGAACAGGAAUACCUCGGUGAUCUGGCACCAACUUAUAGGUAUCAAUACUGA